AGUGAAGGACUGGUGGUGGGUGCCAGUCUUCUACUCUCCGGCUAGACACGUCGGCUUCACAGCUGCUUGGAGUGGGAGUUGCUGCGGAAUUACGCAUAAAGCGCCGUAACGAGCAUGGAACAGACAGUCGUGUUUCUUGUUUCCUGUCAAGAUAUGUGACAGACAAGUUAAGUGAGAAGGUGGUGGAGGCCAAGACCGUCAGUAGUUUCAAAGCGUUAUAUGACAAAGAGUGCUGGGAAGACGGGACACCACGAGCGUAGCUCUCAUCCUGUAACUACACUUAGGUAAUUACACUUAGGUAAUUACACGUGUCACGCCCGUGGCCGAAGUUAACAAGUGAUUUGCCUGCAGGUAAUAAUUAGAAGGGACGUGAGUAGACUAAAGGCAAGAGUAUUAAGUGCGGGUUGUGUUAAAGUGUAGGGAGUGAAGGGUGGCGGGCGUGAUGUGUGGGUGGCCGCAGUAGGACAGAGCCACGGCUGCCGUCUGUAGGCCGCUGUGGACCCGCAUUACCUCACCUGCCAUGGUCUGGUACCCUCCCCACCAGUAGACAACCUCACCCGCACCACAACACCUACCAACGAUGGCUAGUGUUCCCAAGACCUUCCUUAUUGGGAGCAGCGGGGAGGAGCACAAGGAGAUGAUCAAGAUGAUGGUCCUCUCCUGCCCGUCCUGCACCAGCCCCGCCCACCCAGAUGAUGACUCUGGUGGGGGCGGGAGUGACGGGGAGGGCGGCAUGGGCGGUGGUGGCGGCGGCAUGGGCGGCGGGGCGGGCGGCCAGGACCACCGCACCGUCUACCUCAAUGGUCCCCAGCCACAGAAGUACUGCACUAAUGCCGUCUCCACUGCCAAGUACCGCUACAAGCUCCUCUUCUUCCUGCCCAUGUUCCUCUUCGAGCAGUUCAGACGCUACGCCAAUGUUUUCUUCUUGAUUAUUGCCCUGCUCCAGCAAAUUCCUGGAGUGUCUCCGACGGGUCGGUACACAACGUUAGUGCCACUUAUCUGCAUCUUGGUUGUUUCAGCUAUCAAGGAAAUUGCUGAAGACAUUAAGCGUCACAGAGCAGAUGAUGAAUUAAAUAAACGUGAAAUUGAAGUACUAAAAGAUGGACAGUGGCAGUGGAUCAAGUGGCGACAUAUUCAAGUGGGAGACAUUGUUAAGGUCCACAACAAUAAAUUCUUCCCUGCAGAUCUAGUCUUAUUAGCAUCAAGUGAACCCCAGGCACUAUGUUACGUAGAGACUGCCAAUCUUGAUGGUGAAACCAAUCUGAAAAUUCGUCAAGGUCUACCUCAGACAGCACACCUUCUGGAAGCGCGAGAUCUCAUAAAUUUGUCAGGCAAAGUUGAAUGUGAAGCACCCAAUAGAUUUCUUCAUCAGUUUACUGGCAAUCUGAAAGAGACAAGUCGUCAAGCCAUUCCUCUAAGCCCAGAUCAAGUUCUACUACGUGGGGCUAAAUUACAAAAUACCAACUGGGUGUUUGGACUAGUUGUGUACACAGGACAUGAGACCAAACUUAUGAAGAACUCGGCUACAUCAGCUCCUCUUAAACGCUCAACAGUGGACAAGCAAACUAACAACUUGAUCAUCCUAUUGUUCUUCUUGCUGAUUGUCCUUUGCCUCAUCAUGGCUGUGUUCAACUCCCAGUGGGAUGCAAACCUACAUUGGUACCUCUCCCUUGAUGGUAGGUUCAGUAGGCCAUCUUCACUGAUGGUACAUUCUGUAGGCCUAUCUCCCUUCAUGGUACAUCCAGAAACCAUUAUAUAUUUUAUUCUUCCCAUGAUCAGAGAAUGCAUUUUAACAAUAUUAGAAAAACAAAAAUUUCUUGACAAAAAAGGUUUCUCAAGAAAAUACCAGUUAAACAGUCAGUUAGUCACAACAUGUCAGUCAAGCAUUCAUGGUUGUGGUAGCAACCGGUUAAGCAACUACGGUGUUCAACAGGCAGGGUUUAUCAACAAUGAUGUUAACAUGUACUACGAGGAGAACAACAUUUGGGCCAUGGCAAGAACAUCUAACUUAAAUGAGGAGUUAGGCAUGAUAAAGUAUGUCCUCUCUGAUAAGACCGGAACGCUCACUUGUAACAUCAUGGAAUUCAAGCGCUGCACCAUAGGUGGAACUGUAUACGGCAUGGAUGAUGGAAGUUGUCAAGACUUGGUUACUCUGGUAGAGGGUGGAGGCACAGGAGCAGCUGUAGCAAAGCAAUUCCUCACCAUGCUGGCUGUAUGUCAUACUGUCAUUCCUGAUAGAGAUGAUGCCCGGGGAGAAAGGGCCAUCAUUUACCAUGCUGCAUCACCAGAUGAGAGAGCACUAGUAGAAGGUGCUCGGGAAUUGGGCUUCGUGUUUGAGACUCGGACGCCUGAGUUUUGUAUCAUUGAUGUCUUGGGAUCCAAGGAAAAAUACGAAGUCCUCAAUGUGCUGGAGUUUACCUCUGCCCGCAAACGUAUGAGUGUUAUUGUGAAGACACCUCAAGGACAAAUCAAAUUAUACUGUAAAGGCGCUGACACAGUAAUCUAUGAACGUCUUGGUGAUAGUCAACAGUUUCGAGAUUUAACUGUCAGACACCUGGAAGAGUUUGCAGCAGAAGGUCUCCGAACCCUGUGCUAUGCUGUUGCAGAUAUCUCGCCUGUGUUCUAUGAGGAAUGGAAAAAUACUUAUUAUAAGGCAAGUACAGCACUACAAUUCAGAGAAAGAAAAAUAGAAGAUGCAGCUCAGCUAAUAGAAAACAAUCUUACAUUAUUAGGAGCGACAGCAAUAGAAGAUAAACUUCAGGAUGAGGUUCCAGAGACUAUAGCUGCACUGCUCAAGGCAGGGAUCCACGUGUGGGUCCUCACUGGGGACAAGCAAGAGACGGCUAUUAAUAUAGGUCAUUCAUGCCACCUCUUAAAUCAGGGCAUGCCUCUCAUCAUACUCAACACUGAAUCCCUGGAUGAAACUCGGGAAGCUAUUAACCGUCACGUUGUCGAAUUUGGUGAGCAACUGAAACGAGAAAAUGAGGCUGCCCUCAUUAUUGACGGAAAGACACUAAUGUAUGCCCUCACACCAGAUUUACGGAAGGACUUCUUAGAUUUAUGUAUAUCUUGCAAGAGUGUUAUAUGUUGCAGAGUGUCUCCUAGUCAAAAAGCGGAAGUAGUGGAGUUAUUGACUCGUGAGACGGGCUCGGUCACCCUUGCUAUUGGUGAUGGAGCCAACGAUGUGGCCAUGAUUCAGAAAGCCAAUGUUGGUGUUGGCAUUGCUGGAUUAGAAGGGCUUCAGGCUGCUUGUGCCUCAGACUAUGCUAUUGGUCAGUUUCGCUUUCUAGCAAGAUUGCUGUUUGUGCACGGUGCCUGGAAUUAUAGCCGUCUCUGUAAAGUUAUCUUGUAUAGCUUUUACAAAAAUAUAUGUCUGUAUGUUAUUGAGCUGUGGUGGGCAGCCAUGUCUGGCUGGUCGGGUCAAGUCUUAUUUGAACGGUGGAGUAUAGCUAUGUAUAACGUGCUGUUCACAGCAGCACCACCCCUGGUUAUGGGGAUUUUCGACCGGUCAUGCAGUGCAGACACGAGGAUGAGGUAUCCAGAGCUAUAUCGGGAAUCUCAAAGUGGAGCACAUUUUAAUUGGAAGGUUUUUGUGUGGUGGGUGUGGCUGGCACUCGUACACUCAGUGUUGGUAUUUGUUCUACCGUACCUGUCCAUGACGCAAGAUGUGGCGUGGGGUCAUGGCCGCGUAGGAGGUUACCUCAUGACGGGAAAUAUGGUGUACACUUACGUAGUUAUUACCGUCUGCCUUAAAGCAGGUUUAGAAACCGACGCGUGGACUUGGGUGACACACCUCGCCAUCUGGGGAUCUAUUGCUUCUUGGUUCAUAUUCCUGCUGGUGUAUUCAAACUUCUGGCCUAUAAUACCAAUGGCUCCAGACAUGUGUGCUAUUUAUCUGCAGGUAUAUUCUUCACCUGUGUUUUGGUUUGGAGUGAUUCUGAUACCCUUGACUUGCCUCCUGCUUGAUAUCGCAGUUAAAACUUUACAUAACUCGGUCCAUAAAAGUUUAACAGAACAAGUGCGUGAGAGUGAGAUAAGCAACAAGGAUUUAUCCAAAGUUCUAGACACCAAGCACAGGCUCACCGAAACUGCUCGGCUGUUGAAGAAUGUUUUCCGACGUACCACCACACGUGUCAACCUGGAAGUAGAGCUUGCCCAUGGAUAUGCAUUUUCUCAAGAGGAGCAUGGAGUAAUGGGUCAAUCGGAGGUGAUUCGAGCAUAUGAUACAACACAGCCUAAGCCAGGUGGCAUGUAAGAUGUAUCAGAGAGUCAAGUUACACACCUCGGUACUAGUAGUGCUGGCACAGCAAUAGAGCACACAGUUGUAGGCAAGUAAUACACCAGGGCAACUACUUCAACACUUGUUUGCAUCCACAUCAUUAACUAUCUUAGUUCAGCAAAAUUAAAGAUGAAUUGCUUUUGAGGCAGGUUUUAUAAUUCUGCAGCAUUUUUAAAUCCAACAUGCAACAUACAGUGUUCAAAUCUGUUCUAGUCAUUUGCCUUGUGUAAUUCACAAAUAUUAGUUUGCAUAAUAUAUACUAUAUAUAUA